GUCCAGUUUACUCCAUGCCCCUCAGCAGGCUUUGAACAGAACAAUGGGUUCCAGGUGAUGGAAAUGGAGCAGGGCAGGGACAGUGGGCAGGUGCAGGGCAGGUGGGACUGGGUCCUGGGCUUUGUCUUUAGGUGUUUGCAGAACUGGGUGGGAGGGGGUGCUAAGUCCAAGGCUCCACAGUCAAUGCAGAGAGCAGCUGCCUUCAUCCAACUACUCAACCCCCAGAGAGGUGAGUGAAAUAAGAGGUUGUAGUUUAAGCUCCACUCGCUGCUCGGUUCGAGCCCUCUGGGCAAUCACGGAUGAUGGCUCUGUGGAUCGUGCUUCAUCUUGCCUUCCUUGGGGCUGGCACCAUCCAGCCCUUGGUCCAGGAGUCCGGCUUCAGAGACUCAGCUACUGUGGAGCCAUCUCUCCUCAACCUCUGCUUGCCCCUGGAGGACCAGGACACCACCCAGAUUCUAAGCACUGGGAGUGAGCCCCUGCUUGUGCAAGUGCAGGUGUUUGUGUCUGAUGUACUUAAUGUGGACAUCCUGCAGUACACACUGUCCUCUGUGCUGAUGCUAAGGCUGAAUUGGCUGGACACUCGCUUGGCGUGGAACACUAGUGCAUACCCACGGCAUGCAGUCACGUUGCCCUGGGACUCACUCUGGACACCCAAACUCACCAUCUGGGAAGCGCUCUGGGUGAACUGGAAGGAUCAGAUGCCACAGAUUCAAGUACACCACAGUGGCCAAGUGGUGCUUAACCUGGCCCUCACCACGGAGACCAACUGCAACUUUGAGCUCCUCCACUUUCCCAGGGACCAGAGCAACUGCAGCCUCAGCUUCUAUGCUUUCAGCAACACUGUGAAGGAGCUGGAGUUCCAGGCCCAGGUAAAGAAUGAGAUUGUGAGUGUCAAGAGAGAAUAUGUAGUUUAUGAUUUGAAAAUCCAAGACCCACCCCAGGAUCUGGUGCCCGGCUUCCAGGUGAUGAUAAGCCUGAAGAACACAGCACUAGAGUCCGUCAUGUCACUGCUGGUGCCUGGAGAGGCGCUACUGUUAGCUGAUGUGUGUGGGGCGCUGCUGCCCCUCCAGGCCACUGAGCGCAUUGCCUACAAAGUGACACUGCUGCUGGGCUAUCUUGUCUUCCACUCUUCCCUUGUGCAGGCCCUGCCCAGCUCCUCUUCCUGCAACCCACUGCUCAUUUACUACUUCACAAUCCUGCUGCUGCUACUCUUCCUCAGCACCAUGGAGACUGUGCUGUUGGCUGGGCUGCUGGCCCGGGACAGCCUUAGGAAUAAAAGCAGCCCCAGCCCAGUCCCAAGAGAAGAACAGAGAGAUCAGGAGAACCCAGGGCCUAAUCCUGAAGCAUCCCCAAGAGGAGAAAAAGGAUCGAGGAGCUGGGCUGAGGCUGCUGACCACACCUUCUUCCUCAUAUACGUGGCCAGUGUGGUGUGCAGCCAAUUUCUCUUCAUAGGAAUUUGGAUUUGGGCAACAUGCAACUCUGACCCAGCCCCUGGUGAGGCUGCUCCCCUCGGUGGACAGCCCAGGCUGUAACAGGGCAGGGCCAGUGA